GCAGAAACUCCAAAUGUAUUGGUAGAUCUUUAAUAAAGAAGUUUUCUAACACAGUCAUAACAUAGUCAUAAGUCAUAGUCAUCAAGAGAGUGAGUGUAGGAGGCGCUCCAUUCGUGCCACAGCCCCAGUCUUAAGUGCGAGCUCUCCUGCCUGAGUGAAAGCUCUCCACAGCCACCACCACCCUUUGGAAUGGCCAACAGGGGACCUGCCUACCGUCUGGGCCCGGAGGUGCAGCAGAAGAUUGAGAAACAAUACGAUGCAGAUCUGGAGCAGAUUCUGAUCCAGUGGAUCACUUCCCAGUGCUGCAAGGAUGUGGGCUGGCUUCAGCCUGGGCACGAGAACUUUCAGAACUGGCUCAAAGAUGGCACGGUGCUGUGUGAGCUUAUUAAUGGACUGUACCCCAAAGGGCAGGCCCCAGUGAAGAAGAUCCAGGCCUCCAUCAUGGCCUUCAAGCAGAUGGAGCAGAUCUCCCAGUUCCUGCAAGCAGCUGAGUGCUACGGCAUCAACACUACUGACAUCUUCCAGACUGUGGACCUCUGGGAAGGAAAGAACAUGGCCUGUGUGCAGCAGAUGCUGAUGAACCUGGGUGGGCUGGCGGUAGCCCGGGAUUAUGGGCUCUUCUCCCGGGAUCCCAAUGGGUUUCCCAGGAAAUGUAAGGAAAACCCCCGGAACUUCUCUGAUAACCAGCUGCAGGAGGGCAAGAAUGUGAUCGGGUUACAGAUUGGGACCAACCGUGGGGCAUCCUAGGCAGGCAUGACCAGCUAUGGGAUGUCACGCCAGAUCCUCUGAUCCUGCCCGCAGCCCUGCCCCUGCUUGCCGUGAAUGGUUGAUAUGUAUAUAUAUUUUAGCAAUGACAUUCCCCAAGAGCCCUAGGAGCUCUCAUACUCCCGCCUGCCAGGGUGGGGGCCUGCCCUGUCUCCUCUUGGGGUGCCCAGCAGUGGCCUCUUCCCUGUGCUUUACUAAUACAUUCCUUUCUCCAGACCCACCAGAACUGGACCAACUGACCUUUUUCCCUGGGACCAAAACUGAGGGGUGGGGGUUGGGGGGCUGCCCCCCAAUGCCCCUCUCCCCACCAAGCCUCUUCUCUUUUUCUCAGGCCUCCCCACCAUAGCCCCAGCCCCAACAACCCGGGCUCUACGCCUUAGUCUGUUCCUUGGCUAGGGGUCAAGGAUGCUGCCUAAUGGCCCUCUCCCUGCAAGUAUGCCUCACCCGCAGCCAUGGCUGCAGGGACUUAGUCUCUAGGGAGGGGCUGUGGCAGCUGCCACCCCAGCCCAGCUGGACUGCACUCACUACAGUUCUGGGGCAGCCUGCCCCGACAGAGGCCCUCUGGCUUCUCAUUUUCCAUUCCUCUC